UUCAAAAAUUUUUGGAAAAAGCAAAAGAAGAUUUUGAACGUAAAUGGAAUCAACAAGGUUCAAAUACAGCAUCAUUAGAAGAUUAUGAACGUAUAAAAACAUUAGGUACUGGUUCAUUUGGUCGUGUUAUGUUGGUACAAAGAAAAUCUGGUCCUGAUGUAGGGAAACAUUUUGCAAUGAAAAUUCUUGAUAAACAAAAGGUGGUCAGAUUGAAACAAGUAGAACAUACAUUGAAUGAGAAAAAAAUAUUACAAGCUGUUGAUUUUCCAUUCUUAGUACAUCUUGAUGCUUCAUUCAAGGAUAAUUCAUAUUUAUACAUGGUCUUGGAAUAUGUACCUGGUGGUGAAAUGUUUUCACAUUUAAGAAAAACGGGAAGAUUUAGCGAACAAAUGGCCCGAUUUUAUGCCGCACAGAUAGUGUUAGCAUUUGAAUAUCUUCAUUAUCUCGAUCUCAUAUAUCGUGAUUUGAAACCAGAAAAUUUAUUAAUCGAUUCACAAGGUUAUAUUAAGGUCACAGAUUUUGGUUUCGCCAAACGAGUCAAAGGACGUACAUGGACGUUAUGUGGUACGCCCGAAUAUUUAGCACCAGAAAUUAUUCUUAGCAAAGGUUAUAACAAAGCAGUCGAUUGGUGGGCACUUGGUGUAUUAAUCUAUGAAAUGGCUGCCGGUUAUCCACCAUUCUAUGCUGAUCAACCAAUACAAAUUUAUGAAAAAAUUGUUAGCGGAAAAGUACGAUUUCCAUCACAUUUUAGUGUUGAAUUGAAAGAAUUGUUAAGAAAUUUAUUACAAGUUGAUCUUACAAAACGUUAUGGAAAUUUAAAAAAUGGUGUUAAUGAUAUUAAAAAUCAUCGUUGGUUUUCUUCCACAGAAUGGAUUGCCAUAUACCAGAAAAAGGUUGAAGCACCAUUUUUACCUAAAUGUAAAGGACCAGGCGAUACAAGUAAUUUUGAUGAUUAUGAAGAAGAAGCAUUACGAAUAUCAAGUACGGAAAAAUGUGCGAAAGAAUUUGCUGAUUUUUAGCCCCCCUUCUCUUCACACAACCAACCAACCAACCAAGCAAAAACAUCGAUGUUUAUCAUCAUCAUCCUGAUUAUCAUCAAUUGUUACAAUCAAUCAAAUCAGUCCGCCAAUUAUAAAAUUAUUGUUCACUAAAUCCAAAAA